AUGUCAGAAUCAAUUGCUCUUUUCCGACGCCAUCGCAGUGACGAGCUCGCAAAACUUGCCGAUCAGCACCUACAACAUGAUCUACAGGCCGCAGACCGCGAUGCGCUCAAGUCAGCUGCAUCUUCUGUCUCUCUCUGGGCAACAGUCGGGUCUGCAAUUGGACUUGGACUCGGUCUUUAUGCCGCAAUCCGACUAAGAAGCACACGAAGAGCAUUUUUUGCUGCUGUUCGUGCUCAAGAAAAACCUACUCAGGUUGUGUUCGCGGACGGUCGGACUGAGGCUAUCCCUGAUCUCACUCCACUACUAAAGCCUACAACACUCGGUGACUUUGCAACCUACUUCUUUGCCUCAGCAGGUGGCCUAUUUUUGGGUGGUGAACUUGGGUUUGCAGGAGGUGCCGCAAAGGGAAGUCGGAGUAUCACGGCCGAUCCUGAGACAAAAAAGAGGAUCGAGACCGCAUUUAGAAGAUUUCGAGCCGAUGUCCUCCGCAGGGAGGCAGACGCUUUGGAUAAGGGAGCAAAUGUUUCCGAGAUAAUGCUGUGA